AAGAUUGCUCAGAAACCUUCAACAACGAAUAACUUCGGAUUACAUGUGUCAUCAAUAAUAUUUUUUUUUAAAUAUGACUAUCAUUCAACUGACAGUGGCUUUUAUUGUAACGUUAUAUCUGCCUUUGGAUGUUUGCAACCCUACUGAUAAUCAGUGUCCUGAAUAUUGCAAAUCUUGUACCGGCGUUGGAAGUAACAUAGUGUGCUUUUGCCAAUCAGGAGAGUUUUAUUUUAACAAUACCUGUCUUCCAUGUCGUACUGUUGGGAUUAAUUGUAUAAGCUGUAGCAAUGCGUCACAGUGCGAAGAAUGCAUUAUUGGGAAAUGGGGUGCACGGUGUAAGCAGGACUGUGGAGUUGGUUGUAUAGAUGGAAUAUGUAAUCCUUUAGACGGAUCAUGUACUUGCAUUCAAGGAUAUAUCGGGCAUGACUGUAAGACUCAAUGUUCAUUACAUUGCCUGGGUAACACGUGCUUGGACAAUGGUCACUGUAAUUGUACACCAGGAUAUAUUUUACCAACGUGUACUGCGAAAUGCUACUCUGCUUGUAAGGAAUGCACGAACGCUAGUAUUUGCUCUGUAUGCCAGCCUGGAAAAUUUGGACUGUUUUGUGAAAUGGAAUGCAAAUGCAACGGAAAUGGCUGUGACAUAGUGACUGGUGAAUGCAUUGAUAUAACGUGUCCACAAGCAUGUACAUCAUGCCUUGACAGUAAACAAUGCAAUGGCUGCACUGUUGGUAGGUUUGGAUCAACAUGUAACUACACGUGCCCCGCUAACUGUUUCGGCGGCUGUGUCCAGUCGUCUGGCGUUUGUGACAGACAAUGUAGUAAUUGUAGUGACAAUGAUUGUACACAAAAUGGAGAAUGUAACAAGUGCUACCCAGGAUACUUUGGUACCUUUUGUAACUCAACAUGUCCUUCUGCAUGUUCUGCAAAUUGCAAUCAAGUGGACGGAUCAUGUACUUUAACUUGUCCUUCGAAUUGCUUAAGCUGUUCAGAUAAAACCUCAUGCACUGAAUGCAAGAACCUUUAUUACGGAUUUGUUUGUGCUUUAUUGUGUAGCCCUAUGUGUAAACAGGGCCUCUGUGACAUUCAGUCAGGAUAUUGUGUGGAAUGCAAUUUGUCAUCGAACUACGGUGAUUUUUGCAACACCACCUGUAGAUCCGCAUGUUCAACAAAUGGAUGCGAAAAGCAAACUGGUAACUGUUUUGGGUGCAAGGAUGAGAAAAUGUAUGGAACAUUUUGUAAUAUCACAUGCAACAAAAAAUGCAAGAAUCAAAUGUGUUCACAAGAAAACGGUCACUGUACAAAUGGAUGUAUACCUAAUUAUUAUGGGUCAACGUGUGACAAUAUCUGCUCUGAGAAUUGUGUCGGUUCCACAACAGAAUCAAAAUGCGACUCAAAAGGAAAGUGCAGCAGCGGAUGUAUUGAUGGGUUCAUUGGCGAUACGUGUGCAUCGGAAAGUGAUACGUUGACCAUUAAAACGGAUGCAGCUACAAUAGGAGGUGUAGGAGGGGUUGUGGUGUUGGCUGCGGUCGUCGUUCUUGUUGUUGUAUUUGUUCUAAAACGGAGAAGAAAAGGCAAGCCCUAUGAAGAUAGAAUUGAAGAAAUUAAUCUCGAAUACCACACAACAGACUCAUUGCACGGAGAGAAGCAAGGUGCGAUAAAAGCAACAACCACACGUUUGUUAGCAACAACAAACCCCAGUUACAACCAUGUUUCGGACACAAUCAUGCUUGGUGGUGGUUUAGAAUCAGCAACGGACGAUGAUGAUGAUCUAGAAAUUGAUUUAGACGAAGAGAGAAGGUCCGAGAAAAGGAAACUGACCAAGAAGAUUGAGGAGAACGUUUACUACAUCGGUAUACAGGAUAUAGAGAAGCGGAAAGUGAAAGUGGAGGAACUGGCGGCUUUUGUGGCUGGAAAGACUUUGGAUUACUACGAGAAGGAAUUUGAUAAAUUCUCUGACGGUCUCACAAGGAUCUGUGAGGCUGCAAAAUUACCUCAAAACAGGGCGAAAAACAGAUACAAGGGAUUAUAUGCAUAUGAUGCUACAAGGGUGAAAGUGGCUGGUUUUGAUACUGAUUACGUCAAUGCUAACUACAUCGAUGGUUUCAAAGAGAGAAAUGCGUAUAUUGCUUCGCUUGGUCCAAUGUCGAAACAGAUGGGCGACUUUGCUAUGUUCUGGAAUAUGAUUUGGCAACAGAAGGUGGAGAAGAUUGUCAUGGUUACGAACUUGAUGGAGGAAGGGAAGGAAAAAUGCGAGCAGUACUGGCCCAAUGUUGGGAUUACUAUAAACUACAGCGGGGUGAUGGUCACCUGUCAGAACGAGAAUGAGUAUGCAGAUUUCACGAGGAGGUUGCUGCUCUUAAAUGACGGCAAAUCUGAGAGGCAGCUGCACCACCUACACUUCACGGCCUGGCCUGAUAGGGGAAUCCCAGAGGACGUAACAGCGCUGAUUGAGUUCCGACAUAGAGUGCUCCAUGUUCCUGCCCAUCUCGGCGGUCCAACGCUGGUCCAUUGCAGUGCGGGAAUCGGUCGAACAGGGACAUAUAUUGCGUUAGAUAUUCUAACAAAGGAAGGUAAUUCGAACAAGGCCAUUGAGAUUCCAGGAUGCAUCAUCAAUAUGAGACAGAACAGGCCAAACAUGGUCCAGACUGCGGAACAGUACAAGUUUCUACACCUUGCCCUGGUUCACACCCUGACCUUAAACAGUGAGCAGAUAUCACGAAAACAGUUCCAGAACUACAUGAUCGAGACCAACAAGGACGAUCUUAUCACGCAGUUUAAGAAAAUAACGGACACUCCCCACGUUCACACUGACGAUGAAAUCGUUGCUAUAGAACGAAACAAGUCUGAGAAAGGAAGGAACAGAAGUGGAGCAGAUAUUCCAGGCGAUGAAAACCGCCCUCGACUUUAUGUAGGCGUAAGACAUGGAGCUUCAGACUAUGUCAACGCUGUCUUUGUUCAUGCGUUUCAGGCGAAUCGGAAAUACAUUCUCGCCCAGUCUCCGAUGCCAAAUACUGUACAGGACUUCCUUACUUUGGCAUAGUCCUUGCCUCAUCGUCAAAAGUCUGUAAUAAGUCGACUCGAUGAAAGAACAUGAUAUGAACUGUUCUCUUUUGCUGCCAUUUUUUACCCAGACAGAAGAGAUAUGGGUGAAUAUUAUCCAGCGGACAAUCAAGUGCUCAAGAAAGGUCAACUGUCUGUUGCAUGUGGUAGGGAUAAGGUCGCGAACGAGUAUAGUAUCCAGAAAGGACUAACUAUUGAGUUCAUGGGAAGCACACAG